AUGCAUUACCAAAAAAAUCAUCAUAAAAACCGGUGGAAGUUUCGGCUGCCGCCGGGGAGCUACGGCCUGCUGUUCAUCGGCAAGACGCUACAGCUGAUAUCUGCUUACAAGAGUGUCAAUCCGGAGUUGUUCAUGGACGAGCACGUGAGGCGCUACGGGUCGAUCUUCAUGACACACGUAUUCGGCGAGACGACGGUGUUCUCGGCGGACCCGGAGCUGAACCUGUUCAUUCUGCAGAACGAAGGGAAGCUGUUGGAUUGCAGUUACCUCGGUUCCAUAUCGAACCUGCUCGGAAAACACUCUCUUCUCUUGAUGAAAGGCACUCUGCACAAGAGAAUGCACUCGCUCACCAUGAGCUUCGCCAACUCCUCAUCAUCAAGGAUCACCUUCUCCACGACAUCGACCGCUUCAUCCAAACAAUCCACGUCUCAAUAG